AUGGGUGUGAUCGCCUCUCAAUUCGGCCCGAAGGGCCAGGAGCACAAGAUUCUUCUCGUGGGUCUGGUCGGUUCGGGAAAGACAACCUUGCUCCACUCACUCAAGGCCGGCGAAGUCCGAUGCCUGGUGACUCAUGUCAUUGUGAAUUCUGGGCACCACAGGAUUCGUGGACUUUGGCGCCAUUAUUAUACGGACGUGGAUGGCCUGGUCUUUAUAGCCGAUUGCAAUGAUCGAGAUCGGGUGGAUGACGCUAGGGAACAGAUUCAUUACAUUUUGCGGGAGGAGGAGCUGCUAGACAAGCCUCUCCUCGUGCUUGCAAACAAGCAGGACCUGCCAAACGCCAUGAGUGUAGCAGAGCUUGAGGACAAGCUUUCCCUAAACCAGAUCGGAGACCGGCCAUGGUUCAUCCAGGAGAGCGUGGCCAUUGAAGGCAAAGGCAUCAACGAUGGAUUGGAAUGGCUUUCACGCCAAUUCGACUGCCAUGGGAGCAGCGGCUAG